AUGUCUAGUCAGUCGUGUAUAGAUGAUGUCAUACGUGAUAUAGAAAUACUAUAUACAUCGAAAGAUACAUCUCAAAUCGAAUCGAUUCAGCAAAAGUUACAGACUUAUCAAAAAAGCUCUCAAGGGUACCAAUUGGGGCUAGAGCUAUUGCAUAACGAUAAUAGCACAGUGAAGUAUUUUGGAGCACUCACUAUUACUGUUUAUUUUAACACUUUUCCAAGUGAAUCUGAUUAUUUGCACCCAUUCCAACAAUUGCUGACAAUUGUUAACCAAUUGACUAUAGAAAAUUUUCAUGCAAAUGCCUUUAUUAUCAAAAAGUUAUUAAGCUGCUUGUCGUUGAUAUAUGCUCAAAACUACACCAGUUUCGAUCCUGUGUUGCUCUUUAUUGGCACAAUGAAAAACAAGAGCUCUACUACAUUGGAGGAUUUGCUUGAAAACUUGGAUACUCCUAUCAAAUUGGAGCUUUUGAUUACAUUUUUUCAAAUCUUUAUUGAAGAUAUUUUGAAAUACUCAAACAAAGUCUCAGAACUACACCAAAUUGUACAUAAAUCCGUGUUUAUCCAUGUUCGGACACUUUUUCAAUACUUAUUAACCCGGUAUUCGAAUUUACCUAUAGAUAUACUAUUACUACUGAUAGAUUGUCUAAAUGCAUGGAUUGUUUAUAUAUCUUCCGCAGAGAGCCAGUCUGAGGUACGGUAUACAGACGACUUGUCAAUAUUUAUCACAUUCACUUUGAAACCAUUAGGUGGUGGCGGUGGCAGUGGCGGUGGUGGGGACGGUGACAAGAGUGAUGGGUUUUUAGACAAGAUUGAAAUCUAUAACAAGUCAUUUUCUGCAUUGUCUGAAUUUGUCGACAAUAUACCAAGAGUGCUAAACCCAUUCAAAGCAGAAAUUCUUUCCAUAUUUUUUGGUAAUGACGAAUUUGGGCUCACGUUUUUGAACACUGUGUUUUCGAAUAAGGAUAUCCUCGAAGAGAACCAAGCGGAGAUCGAUAACUAUAUCAAUUUGAUAGUUAAUUACUUGACCUUGUAUUUAGUUCAAAUUGUGAGGAAUUUGCUAGAUGACGAUACGUAUAGGAUCAUUGAAACAAUGAUAACCUUGACUAAUGCACCUGGAAUGGCUAUAGCCGAAGAAAACAUCAGUUCUCAACUAACGAGUUUUUGGGACGAUUUUGCAAAUACUCUUAUUGAUGACGAAGAUGCUUUAGCAGAAAUUUUAACAAACCCAACUGCUAAAGAAGCUUAUGGCCAACGCAAAAAUGUAAUUUUAAUGGAAGUUGCAAUUGUAUAUUUCAAAAAGAUACAGCGCCCUUCAAACAAACCAACCACGCAGGAAUUUAUCAGGUUUCGAACCCUAGCGGCCGAUUUGUUCAUUUUGUUUUAUACAAUUUUGGGACUUCCUUUGUUUACCACAUUGUGUGAUAUUGUUGGACCAAACUUGAUGGAAACUGAGGCUGCCAUUUAUUUGGUUUAUAAAAUAACAAGUGAUUUACAAUUUUACGAUGAUGACGAGGAGGAGGAAGGGGUAGAUGAAAACAGUAAAACAUCAGCAUUGAUAAAAGACAUAAAGACCAUUUUUGAUAGGAAUGUCUUGAGCUUAGUGAACAGUAAUGAGGCAGAUCAACAAUUGACUACAAGUCUCCUCAAUCUAAUGUCAAACUUGACAUUUUUCUAUAAAUCGCCAACAGGGAAACAAUAUUUAGCAUCAAGUUUUGAUUUUCUUUUCAAACUAGUCACUAAUCAACCAAAGGGGAAUUUAUCGUUAGUUGCAUCAAGGACAAUUUCUCGGAUCUGUAAGAAUACAGGCGAGGAGUUUUUGCCGCAGUUGGAAGCUAUUUUAAUUGCAAUGUUGAGAAACCCUGCUAUAGACAACUUCAUUCGUGAACGAAUUACUUUUUCAUAUAUCUCAGUAGUAAAAUCAUCAAAAAAUCCGGUGGAGUUGGCUACUAAAAUACGGGCUAUACUAUUUGAAAUAGAACAACACACUUUACAUUUAAAUGUCCCCGAGGGUUUAGAAGAUUACACAGUUAGUUUGAUAGCUUGCAUUAGCGAGAUUGGAAAAGCAUGUGUCUACCCGGAGCCAAUUGAAAACCAUUUAACCUCUUUUCAAAUCCGAGAAAUCACAAACUAUUGGAAUGAAGACCCCUUGGGAAUCAAACUAACAAUUUUGACCAAUCUAAAGCAUUUUUCACUAGAUUCACCAUUUCUAUCCCAAAAGACGAUUGUUACUGAAAUUUGCUGUAACAUUUUAAAAUCUGGGUUUAAUGAGCCCCUUCCUGGACCUUUUACAUUUGAUUUAGAGUCGAUUUUACAGUACAUCAUAGCCAAGGUUCAAAUUUCAACGCCUGCCUCGAUUGAAUUUCUACAUAGUUUAUUGAUCAGCACUGUCCUCACACACGCAAAGGACUUGAGUCAAAGUCAAAUUGAGCUUGUUCUAUCGAGUGUUUUUGUUAAUGUUGUUGAAAUCAUUCUAAGUGAUAUCGACCUUAUAAAAACAUCGCUUGAAGUGUCUACGAUAAUACUUGAUUUAAAUCCGAGACUACUUCUACAUACAAACAUAUUCCCCAAUUGCAUUCUUCCAUUUGCUCUCAAGUCGUUUGAGAAACACGAAGUUUCAAUAACUCGAGCUCUAGUGAGUUUCUGGGAUGUUUUACUCAAACUAAAGAAAGGUUCUCAACAAGACCAAUUAUUUGUACGUCAACUAAUGGUUGAGGAAGACAAACAAAAUCCAUUAUCAUCUUCAUCUUCAUCUUCAUUUUCACUUUCAGUUUCGUCGUCAGCAGGAGCAUCAUCAUCAUCAUCAUCAUCAUCAAUGGGGUUGAGACUUUGUGAGAGUUUAUUGAAAGCAUUCGUAUUGAGUCCUCGAUCUAGUUUAGAUCAUUAUUAUCUGCUAUUUCGAACUUUGAUUGCCAAGUAUCCCAUGGAAUUCAAAAAGUGGUUGAUUCACACUGCAAGCAAUUUGCAAGUAGGCAAAGUUCGCUUUACUGAAUCUGAGAUACAGCAGUUUGUUAAUAAACUAAUGGUCACUCGAGGUCAACGUAUGGCCAACACUAUUCUUAAAGAGUAUUGGUUGAAGAUUAACAAGUUGGUAGAAUUCUAA